AUGCCGCGCACCAGCUCGUCGUCCAAUGCGACGGCAACGCCACAGAGGUCAUCCACGACCAAAGUGCCGCUGAACGACGACAAGCAAGAGAAAGCGAGCCGCCGCUAUGCGCAACUACGGAGAGAGUCGAUGCGAGCUUCUGCGACGCCGAAUCGAAAGCGGAAGUCGCUAGGGGCUCAGGAUAGCCCUCACACACCCGCAAUAGAAGAAGACAUAGAAAUGCCCGAUGUCACCGGAACCGCCGUUACGCCCAUGAAGCGACCCGUACCUUUACUAGCCAACUGGGACCAAUGGAUCGAAUUGGCAACAAAUAAUAAAAUCAACGCAAACAACGCCUUCAACUUUGCGCUGAUCGACUACUUCCACGACAUGUCUCUUUUAAAGGAGGGCGACGGCAUCAGUUUCCAGAGGGCAAGUGUCACGCUGGACGGCUGCGUCAAGAUCUACACUAGCAGAGUGGACAGCAUCAAUACAGAUACGAGCAAACUGCUCAGCGGUCUAGCAGAAAGCGGAAAUAAGAAGAAACGCGGAGGCGACGCCGAGGGAUCGGGCGAUGAGGACGAGGAGGGCGAAGAAGGCGAAGACGGCCAGAAGAAGAAGAAAAAGCGGGCACCGCGUGCGAAGGAGUCGAAUCUGGCGGACUCGUUCGAGCAGCUCCAGAACAAAAAAAUGGAUCUCGACCUGUCUGUUGAUCCAUUGUUCAAGAAAGCCUCUGCAGACUUUGACGAAGGCGGCGCCAAGGGUUUACUUCUGAAUCAUUUGUCCAUUGACAGCAACGGCAGGAUUGUCUUCGACAGCAGCGACGAUAUCAAAGAUGCUACACAACCCUCCAGGGAGACACCUGCACCGGAAGGCAUGGGAGAGCUGGAAGAGGAAGAGGAAGAAACGGAAGAGCCGUCUGAAGAUGCUGUUAUCGACAUCUCGGGACUAGCUGCUAUGUACUUCCCCGAUCUGUCACGAUUAGACGACCAAGAUAUUUGCCCCUCCAUGAAGACUUUCGAGCUAGGAGACGCCAACGCGUCAAUGGAUUUGCCAUUCCUCAAAGCCCCCGAGGAAGAUGACGAGCCGAAGCAGCAGGAUGACGACGAAGAUGGAAAUCAAUCCGGUGUCUUUCUUGAUGGCGACAUUGCCCCAGACUUCGGCGAUAAUGACGACGUCGGCUUCAACCUUCCUCCAGAAACUGGUUUCGGAGAGGGUGGUGAAUUGUGGGCCAAUCAGAUUGCUCUUGAACCGCAAGCACGCGUUCACAACAUAGAAGCGGGCGAAGGCGAUGAAGAAGGCGGCGAAGGAGCCGACGGCGACCUCAAUACCGAUGAUCCCUACGGCCUAACGCACACUCAGAAACCGGGAAAAGAGCAGGAGAACAUCCUAAGCUAUUUCGAUGAAGCCUUGAAGAAGAACUGGGCUGGCCCUGAGCACUGGCGCAUCAGUCGGGUCAAAGAUGUUGGCAAAACUGCUGCUCCCACAAAACGCAAAGAAAAGGAGCCUUUCAAGCUUGAUUUCUCUUCUCCGAUGAGCCAGGAACUAGCGAACGCACUCUACGCUCCAGCUACCUCAGCGGCCAGUAUUAUGCUGCCCAAAGCGCAAUGGAAAUCGAAGACACACAAUCUGGCGCCUGAUGACAAGCACUUCAACUCACGACAACUGCUCAGGCUCUUCCUGAAGCCUAACGUUCGAUUAGGCGCUCGAAGGGCCAACCGACCAAUCUACGUUGACAGGCCUAGCGCAACGCCUAGCGACGAGCCUGAUGCUGCACAGUGGGCAGCUAUAGCAAAGGAACAAGCAGCGGCCGAUGCAGAAUCUGCGCCGCAGAAUGACUAUGACGCCGACUUCUUCGAGGAUGGCGCCUUGCCUAUGCUUGGGGCCAUGGAUGACGACGGUGAAACGUUUGCUGAUGCGCGGGAUCACUUCUCGCCGCCACCCAUCAGUGACAACCUGGUGCCCAUGUCAUCAAUGGGUACGGCUAUAGCUACUAAGGAGGGUGCUUUUGGAGAACAACUAGUCACUCAAAUCGGCAGGCCACGUCCCAUAAUGCUGAACUAUGCGCGCCAGGCAAAGAAAGUAGACAUCAAGCGACUGAAAGAGAACCUGUGGACCGGCAUGGGCUUGGAAGACAUUGAAGCGCCACCCCCAGCAGGUGUAGGGGACGACGUCGCCUCGAAGGCUGUAGACGGUUCGUUGAAGUUCACACAGGUCUUGAAUGGUCUCAAACAAGUAUAUCCAACGAAAGCGCUGUCCGAGAUCUCAACGUCAUACGGUUUCAUUUGUCUACUGCACUUAGCUAACGAGAGAGGUCUCGAGAUCAACAACCAAGAGGACUACUUGGACUUGUCCAUCAAAAGGGACUUUCUGGCCGAUCUCAGUGUUGGUAAGGAAGGCAAGAUCGCGGAGAACGAUGCCUACAUAGUAGGCUCGAACAACACCGUCGCCAUCCUAGUCAUCGCAGACCUCUUCGGCUGGACCUUCACCAAUACCCGUCUCCUCUGCGAUGCUUACGCCGCCGAAGCAAACGCCACUGUAUACAUGCCAGACUUCUUCGGUGGUCAAGUCAUCGAUCCCGGCAUUAUCGCGAAUCAUAACCGCUGGAAUGAGUUUGAUCUUGAAGGCUGGCAUAAGAGAAAUGAUAAAGCUGUGAGGUGGCCGGAGAUUGUGGGAGUUGCGAAGGCGCUGAGAGAGAAGCAUCAGAAGGUGGGCGUGAUUGGGUAUUGCUAUGGGGGUUGGAGUUUGUUUAGGCUGGGAAGUAAGGAGUUUGAACCGAGGCUUGUGGACUGUAUCUCGACCGCCCAUCCUACCUGGCUUACCAAAGAAGAAAUGGACAAUAUCGGGGUGCCGGCGCAAAUUUGUGCGCCGGAGGUGGAUAAAGCGUUUACACCUGAGUUGAAGGCCUAUGCGAACGAAGUUAUUCCGACAAAGGGCGUGCCUUAUGACUAUCAAUACUUUCCGGGGGUUGAGCAUGCUUUUGCCACGCGGGGAAAUCUAGAGGAUAAGAAAGAGAAGAGGGCAAUGCUCAGAGCGAAGAGAGCGCAGGUUGCUUGGAUGGUGGAGUGGUUGCAUGGCGAGGAGGAGUAG